CCGAGUUUUUUCCCUACCCUGCAGGCUUACAAGCGUUCAGUCCUGUCAAAAUUUGCACCAGAAAAAUACCGCUAGCGUUUUCUGUUUGUAGUAAUGACACAGUGGAUGUACGUCGUUGAUGCUACUUUCUCCAUGUCAUCUUUUUUCUUUCACUAGCGGAAGGUGCACUCUACAAUUAUGGAGUUUUGAAAAGGAAAGUGGGAAUUUUGGGGGGAAAGGGGGCCUUUCCCCUCAAGUUUGAUGGUUGGACUGCUGAAUGAGAAGGUCAGAGGGUGGUUGAAAUUUUUUUGCCUUUUGUAAAUGAUUAAAAGAAUAUAUAAAGGAGAAACUAUUUUUGCAAACAUUGAAAUGUACAAUUUUGUAUAAAAUGCACACAAGGUUUUCUAUUUAUUGAAUUCUUGAUACCAGUGUCAUGCUGCAAGCACCUUAGUUUGUGUUCAAUUCUUGGUUGAAAUGGUGGACUGAAUCGAGUCGCAGGAAGGCUCUGGGGUUGCUAGGGUGCAGUGGAACCUCAACACAAGCACAAUUCUAGCACUCCAAACCAUCUCGACCUUUUGUUGACACAUUUUUUUUUUCUUUGUUUUUUUUUGGUAGUACUUUACUUUUUUCUUCUUGGAGAGCAGCUCUGUUACAGUGCACAGUUUUCGCGACAGUGUUUUUGAUUCGUCACCUUACAUUGUAUUGUUUUUGAGUUUUUUCUUUUGUGGGUGGUGGGCUGUCACGAAAUUUGUUACACACAAGGGAGGUGGGUUCACUGUGAAGAUUUGGCUGAGGUCAGGAUGAGUCUGGCACUGCCUGACUGCGGCCCCAAAUGCCGCUCAGAGCAGCAUGCAGACGAGGUGAUGGCCGCACUAACAAGUGGCUCUGAGGGGCAGCUGCGGGCGUUCCUGACCUCACACUGUCACAAUGCAACCACCUUGCGGGAUGCCUAUGGUCGCACUGCCCUGCACAUGGCAUCCUCAUUGGGAAAGAAGGCCAUUAUGGAGUGGCUGUUGGAGCAUAAGGGUGCUGACCUGAUGGUGAAGGAUAAGGAGUCCUGCUGGACCGCUCUGCAUCGCAGCGCUUUUUACGGACAUAUCCACUGUCUCAUAUCGUUGAUCAAGCAUGGAGGACUUCUCUCCACUCAGGACAAGGAAGGUCUUUCUGUCCUUGACCUUACAAUGAAGGACCGACCAGCACAUGUUGUGUUCAAAAACAGCGACCCAACUGAAGUAUACACAUGGGGAAACAAUACUAAUUUCAGUCUCGGGCACGGUAAUCAGGAGAGCCGACAGCACCCUGAGCUUGUGGACGUGUUUGCCAGGACUGGGGUUUACAUCAAACAGGUGGUCCUGUGUAAGUUCCACUCUGUGUUCCUGUCUCAGAAAGGCCAGGUCUUCACCUGUGGGCAUGGACAGGGAGGACGACUUGGCCACGGAGAUGAACAGACUUACCUGAUUCCUCGGAUGGUGGAGGGUCUGAUGUCCCACCACUGCUCCCAGGUGGCGGCAGCUAAAGACCACACAGUGGUGCUGACAGAAGAAGGUUACGUUUACACUUUUGGCCUCAACACCUUCCACCAGCUCGGCCUGGCUCCUCCUCCAGGCUCAGCUCACGUCCCUAAACAGGUGUUCUCCAAGACGCUAAAAGGCAGGACAGUGAUUGGAGUUGCAGCGGGAAGGUUCCACACAGUGCUGUGGACCAGAGAGGCAGUCUACACAAUGGGACUCAAUGGAGGCCAGUUGGGUUACUUGCUGGAUCCUAAUGGAGAGAAGUGCGUGACAGCCCCCCGACAGGUAUCAGCCCUGCACCACAAGGAUGUCACCAUAGCUAUGGCAGCAGCUAGUGAUGGAGCAACAGUGGUUGUGACCGAGAAGGGGGAUGUCUACCUGUUGGCUGACUACCAGUGCAAGAAAAUGGCUUCAAGGCAGCUGAACAUAAAGAAGGUUCUGGUCAGCGGUGGUAGUCUGGACCAUCGUGUGGUUCCACAGAUCCUGAAUGAGGGAGGAGGGGAAAAGGUGACCAUCUUGGCUUUAGAUGAAGCUGGGAGGGUGUUUUGCUGGCGUUCCUCCGGCAGUUCGGUGAGACAGUGCCGGUGGGCGUACGGACGUCAGGUUUUCAUGUCGGACAUAGCUCUCAGCAAGAACGACAUGAUGUUUGUGACUCAGGAGGGGGAGGGCUUCAGUGGCGUGUGGGCUGGAGAAUAUAAAAAGUAUGGGGAGAAGAAAGAGGGCAGUGUGGAGGUGUGUGGCCAUUCUGAUGCUGUGACAAUGUAUGAGCGAAUCCGCCUGGAGAAACUGCCCUACGUCCACAGAGCUGUCAGCGUCACCAUGGACUCAAAAGGCCGAAAUUUUGGAGUGCUUCAGUCAGACCCCAAAACAAGCUUGUAUGAGAUUCCCAGCAUCUCUCCAUCCUCCUUCUCUCAACAUUUUCGGAGCCUUCUGGAAGAGGCAGAUGAAAUGGACAGCAUCCACGAUGUGACCCUCCAGGCCGGUGAUCGCACCUUUCCAGCUCACAAGUACAUUCUGUCCAUGAGGUCCGAGUUCUUCCGCAAGCAGUUCAUGUCUGAGCAUUGCGGGGUUGUUGAGGAGCUCGACGGAGAAGUGAAGAAGAGUGAAGAUGCUGUAGGCUGCGAUUUGAUCAUUUUGGAGAGGAUCCCAGCAGACAUGCUAGAAUAUGCUUUGCACUUCAUCUACACAGACUCCUGCGAGCUGCUGGUGCACGGGGCCCGGCCGAAAGUCUCAGGGGCCUUUAUGGGUCAAAACCAGACCCACUGUCUCUGUUGCCAGAGCCAGGACUCGGAGCAGGAGAGGCUUAUCAGCAGCCUGCAGGACUUGGGCCUGAGAGGUCGCUCAGCCCUUGAUGUGUACCGCUCCCUUCCCCCUGCAACCAAAGGCGAUGGCGACAAGGCCAAGAGCAAGUGUGCCAAGCCUGGCAAGAAGGGGAAAGGAGGCAAAGGUGACAAGGCUGGGGCCAACGAAGGAGGGGCCAACCCCGUGAAAACCUUACAGGGUGUUGCAAAAAAGCUGGGCCUGGGAAGCCUGUCUGCACGACUGGAUGGAGUCAAAUAUGAAAGUGGAAAGAUCAAUGUUAUAAACAAGAAACCUGGCAACAAACCCAAAUUCUACCAGAAAAAAUGCUCCUAUCUGUGUGAUGUCACUCUGAAAUCUGAGGAUGGAAAAGAGUUUCCAUGUCACAAAAGUGUCCUUUGUGCAAGACUAGAAUACUUCAACAGUAUGCUUGGAAACCCCUGGAUUGAGGCCACAUCCUGCACUGCACUGGAGAUGCCCACCAGCUCAGAGAUUCUGCAGGUCAUUCUCGAGUAUAUUUACACUGAUGAGUCUCCCACCAUAAAAGAUUCUUUGAAUGUAGAGUUUGUCUGCAACGUAUUGGUUGUGGCUGACCAGCUGCUGAUCACACGACUGAAGGAGAUGUGCGAGGUCGUCAUCACUGAGAACUUGACUCUGAAGAACAGUGCAGAGCUGCUGGAGUUUGCCACCAUGUACAACGCAGAGCAGCUUAAACUCUCCUGUCUCCAGUUCAUUGUACUCAACAUGGCUGCCCUGCUGGAGUCAAAAGCACUGGAUAUUCUUAGUGAUGAAGUGCUAGUGGAGCUUUCUGCAGCCUACAGGAGGAUGAUCCCAGCCAUGCAGAAGAGGAUUAUCACUCCGUAUCGUGGCGCCCCAGAUCUCAGUGUGUAUGAGGAUGAGGAUUUGGACUCAGCGUUCAGCCCCAAACCAGAAGCAGAAGUCGAUCACUCCUGCAGGGAAAUCCUGUUAAAGAAGGCUAAGGUAAAGGCUAAAAAGAAACCAAGGAGACGCUCUGACAGCUCAGGAGGCUACACUCUCUCUGAUAUCAUUCAAAGCCCCCCUGCUGCAGUGGUCUCCCCAUGCCUGGUAAAGUCAGGGAGGGCUAACUCAACAGAGUCCCUGCAGGAGCUGCUCACAUCCGACUCUGAGGGCAGCUACAUGGGGGUGGGAAGUCCCCGAGAUAUGCAGUCACCUGUCUUCCAUGACAGAGCUGAGGAUGAGAAGGCUUUCAGUCAGAGGCUAAAGACCCCACCCAGCACCCCGACCUCGCUGAGGGUCUGCCUCCCAACUCCACCCAACUCUGCCCCACAAACCAUCCCCAAGGUUCUUCCCUGUCCUGCUCGUCCACCCCCAGUCUUGGAUCUGAGAACCAUCAUGGACAUGGAGACCAACUCUCAGCAGACUCUCAGAGCAACUCCUAAAAGUCCUGGAAGUGUCAGCACCAGUGUUAAGCACUCCCCUGUUCCCACUAAACUGUCCCAAAAGCAGAGGAAGAUGUUGGCUAUGGCCAAUAAGGAGGCCAGUGUGGAGUCCACUGCAUCCAAACCAACCCCCACAGUCACCCCAUCCAAAAGCAGUGGGAAGGCCUGGGCAACGGCAGUCCAGUCCCCACCUUCCUCUUGCUCAUUUCGAGCGCUGCUGGAGGAGGAGGAGAACCGCUUGAUCAAAGCAGGACAAACAGGAGCCCAGAGGGGUCAAGUUGCCCAGGUGUCCCCCGUCACCCCUACUCCUGCAGCCAGGAGGGUCACGUUCAAAUGUGCCGAAAGCAGCGAGCCAGAGAGACCCACUGGGCCCUGGGUGCUAGGAGCAGUGGGCAGCCCUCCCCCCUCCUCCCUGGUGACCUUUGCCUCCAUCGUGGAGGAGGAGAAGGAGCAGGAAGCUGCACUGAUCCGCAGCCGGGAGAAGCCGCUGGCGCUCAUCCAGAUUGAAGAGCGGGCAAUCCAAGACCUUUUGUUCCACUAUAAAGCGCGGGACAACCCCGACGAGCUGAUAGUGGUGGAGAGGUCUUCCAGAGGUCCUAUAGCAGCCCCGACCUGGAACAAACACUAAUGUUUAACAGCACAGCUGCUACAUAGCAUCAAAGUGAGAACAUCCCCUGCAGUUAUCUUUCAGUAUCAUUGGCAGCGUCCCAGCUGCAGCUUCCCUGGAACAUCCUCAGCUCCAUCAGUCUGUGUGGAGAUGUACCUCAGACUUUAGCCCAGUGUGGGAUGAGUCUGAUGCAAUUAUAUGCUUGUCUCUGCAGUGUUACUUUUAUUUUUAUUGCUGCUCAACAUUUAGUUUCUAUGAGUGAGUGAGACGGAGUGAGUGUAUUUCAUAACUGAAUGUGGUCCUGAAGAGAAGUUUGGGGUCUUUACUUGGCAAAGCAGUGAUACCUAAAGUAAGGAACUUUCCCAAAUAUGUAUGUGAAGUUUAAGUUGCCAAAGAAAUGGAGAUGUUCAAGCCACAAAAUGGGUCCAAAAGACAUCACCUUGAGGGCUUGUGUUAAUACCUGGAAGCUCUCAAUGUGAUUAAGAAAGUGAGAGUGCCAAUUAUCAACCGCGGCAGAGCGUCAUUUGUACUAAGAGCUAUUUACCAAGGCGGCAUGCUCAGUUUCUUUUUAUGGUCCUUUGUCUUCUUGAUACUUUCAUUGUUUUGAGUGAUUGCUUCAGCUGACAUGCAGUGACAGUGCAAUCCUGCUGGACUCAGUUAAUACAUGUAUUUUAACUAUGAACAAAAUAUGUUUUUCAUAUUUAAAAUACAUUAUUUGAUGCAGUUAUAGUGAAUGAUUGAGUUGAACUGGCUUUCUAGCCUUUGAAGCUAUCACUAGUGUUUUAGAGAAGGUGGUGUGCCUUUGUUAAUGCAUACAGAUACAGCAGCUAAAAUACCAUUUUCUCUCUUCAUUAUUUAGUUGUUCUAGUCUCCAGCUUUUCUCCUGGAGCCAGUUUAAGUUUGCUCGGUACCCCAGUUCCGGACCUUGUGAUUUAGGUUGCAAUUUUUGUGUGUGUGAGAUGUAUGGAUAUGAAGAGAAAAUGGCAUGUAAUAAAACAUCUCACCUGUGCAAUGA